GCUGACGAGAGAUUAAAUGCUCUCCAACCUCCAACAACGUCUCCUCAUUACUCUUUAAACCUCACUUCAGAUCAGUCAGUUUCAGAUACCCAUAUUUCUCUUCUCCGCAUUUAUGGCUUCUUCUUCUCCUGCCUAACCUAUCUUCCUCCUACCCAUCUGCUAUAAGCCUAUAACUAUUCCAUUCCUUUCUAUUUCCAUCCCAAAAUACAACUUUUCCGAUGCCAAUGACGGAAACCGGCAACCAAUCCCUAAAGGCAAAGAAACGGCGGCGUUGCAUCAUCGUAGGCGGCGCUAUUUUGUUUCUAUUAUUUUUACUAUUUGUUAUUAUUCUUAUUUUAGCAUUAACGAUUUUUAAAAUUAAACAUCCCAAGAUCCAGCUUGUUUCAGCUACUCUUGAUGGUAUUUCUCCUCGUUUAUCAUUCCCAGUUGUUAAUCUCCAACUUAAUAUCACGCUUAAUCUGAACCUUCUCCUUUAUAACCCUAAUUACGCUAGUUUUAAGCAUGGUCGAGGCAAGAGUAUUCUUUAUUAUAAUGAUAGUCAGGUAGGAGAAGCGGAUAUUGAGCCAGGGUAUAUACCUUCUAGAGGUUCGGUGACGUUUCCUUGCCGGCUUACGGUACAGGUUGAUGAAAUAGCGUCUAAUCUGGCGUCGGUUAUCAGAGAUCUAUUGGACGGCGAGAUUGUUAUGGAAUCAAGAACAAGAAUUCCAGGUAGAGCUACAUUAUUGGGGUUUAAAAGGCAUGUCGUUGCUAUUUCGAGAUGUAAAUUUACUAUUAAUGUUUCUGAUAUGAAGAUUGAAAACCAGGAGUGUAAGACUGAGACUAAGUUAUGAGGCUCAAUCAGGAUUCUGUUAAGAUUGGAUUUUUUUUUUUUUUCAAUGUUUUUGGGUUUAUUAGAAAAUACAGAUCUAUUUGUCUCAUAGUUUCUGUUUAAAUUUGGAUUACUGUUCCUUACCUGUUAUAGUGAGUAUAAACGACACAAGUUCUUGUACAUAUAUAUAUAUAUGCUGACAAAUUUUUAUCACA